AUGUCUACUUAUCUUGUGGCAGUUGUGGUGGGAGAGUAUGAUUAUGUUGAAAAGAAAUCUCGGGAUGGUGUCUUAGUUAGAGUGUAUACACCCGUAGGCAAGAGUAAACAGGGCUUAUUUGCAUUAGAAGUUGCAGCACGAGUCUUACCUUAUUAUAAAGAAUACUUUGAUAUAGCUUAUCCACUACCAAAGAUUGAUUUAAUAGCAAUUGCAGAUUUCUCUGCUGGUGCUAUGGAAAACUGGGGUCUGGUAACAUACAGAGAGACAUGCCUUUUGGUUGAUGAAGAACAUACUUCAGCUGUGCGUAGACAGUGGAUAGCUUUAGUUGUAGGCCAUGAGCUGGCACAUCAGUGGUUUGGUAACCUUGUCACCAUGGAGUGGUGGACUCAUCUUUGGCUCAAUGAAGGAUAUGCUUCGUUUGUUGAAUUUCUAUGUGUAAAUCAUCUUUUUCCUGAAUAUGAUAUUUGGACACAAUUUGUAACUGAAACUUAUAUCAGAGCACUGGAAUUGGAUUGUUUGAAGAAUUCACACCCUAUAGAAGUACCGGUAGGGCAUCCUUCAGAAAUAGAUGAGAUAUUUGACGAUAUAUCAUACAACAAAGGGGCUUCUGUUAUACGUAUGUUACAUAAAUACAUUGGUGAUGAUGACUUUCGAAAAGGCAUGAAUAUUUAUUUAACAAGGCACCAGUAUAAAAAUACUUUUACAGAAGAUUUAUGGGCAGCAUUAGAAGAAGCUUCAAAUAAACCUGUAGGAGCCGUUAUGUCAACCUGGACUAAGCAGAUGGGUUUCCCCAUGGUGCAGGUUACCUCGGAGCAAAAGGGACCAAACCGUGUUUUGAAGAUGACUCAGCAAAAGUUUUGUGCUGAUGGUAGCCAAGGUGAUGACACACUAUGGAUGAUUCCAAUAACUAUAUCAACACAGGAACAACCUUCAAAGGUUGCUCUGUCUACUGUAUUAGACAAGAGGUCUCAAGAAGUGGUAAUGGAAAAUGUAGCUGAGAGCUCAUGGGUCAAACUUAAUCCAGGAACUGUGGGAUAUUACCGCACCCGCUACUCAGCUGUAAUGUUGGAACAGCUAGUGACUGCUAUCCGAGAUGGCUCAUUGCCGCCUCUAGACCGACUCGGCCUGUUAGAUGAUUGUUUCGCCCUUGUCCAAGCUGGUCACACACAAACCUCGGAGUCACUGAAACUCAUGGAGGCAUUCAGCAAUGAAACCAACUUUACAGUUUGGUCUUCAAUAUCAAAUUGUAUGUCUAAGCUGAGUGCACUUUUUUCAUACACAGCUUUGGACAAGCCUCUAAAGAAUUAUGGCCGUAAACUUUUCUCCAAUGUCACCAAAAGGUUAGGAUGGGAUGCAGAGGAAAAGGAAAGUCAUCUUGAUACACUUCUCAGGAGCUUAGUGCUAAAUAAAAUGAUCAGCUUUGAAGACCCGGACACUAUAAAAGAAGCAAAGAGUCGAUUCGAGAAGCACAUAUCGGGGGUAUGCGCACUCCCGGCUGAUUUACGGUCAGCAUGUUACCGAGCGGUGCUGGCCGAAGCAGAUGAAGCUACAUUUCAGCGGUUUCUGGAAUUGUACCGUGCAGCUGACUUGCACGAAGAGAAAGACCGUAUUAGCCGUGCGCUUGGGGCUGUGAAAGAUCCUGCUCUCCUUAAACGUGUCCUUGACUUCGCUGUAUCGGAUGAAGUCCGCUCUCAAGAUACUGUAUUUGUGAUAGUAUCCGUGGCUGUAAGUAAGAAUGGACGUGAUCUUGCAUGGCAGUUCUUCAAAGAUCAUUGGCAGGAAUUGAUGGAUCGCUACCAGGGCGGCUUCUUGCUUGCGCGUCUCGUUAAAUCGACGACGGAGAACUUCGCGUCGGAGGCGAGCGCGCAAGAGAUCGAGGAGUUCUUCGCGGCGCACCAGUCGCCGGGCACCGAGCGCUCGGUGCAGCAGGCGCUGGAGACGGUGCGCCUCAACGCCGCCUGGCUGCGCCGCGACCUCGCCUCCACCGACUCCUACCUGCAGCCCUACCACUGA